AUGUUGAUUUGGAUUUCGACAUUAGUUCUGACCUUUUUUGUUUUAUCCGAUGGCCAUCAAAGAAGAUUUCUGUUCGGCCCACAAGGUGGCACAUCUCUAGAACACGUUUUGCCUGAUGAGUGUAUCUAUUUGUCAGAGUUUGAAGAUGCUCUCGCAAUAGCAAAUCGAUGGAUCAAGAGUGGAGAGUAUUUGUAUUCAGAACUUCUAAGGAUACGAAUCAGAGAGCUGAGACAUAUCCCUCUUGAUAAUGUUGAAGGCGGGUACAGAUAUCUCCUUCAACAAUGGAAAGGAAACCAAACCACAGAGUUCCACGAGGCUAUUAUGAGCAUUGAAUACACCAACCAAUUCCACCAUACCGUGUGUCUGAACAUGAUGGAAUAUCUCCUCAACACUUUUUUAAAACAACACCAAGGAAACGUUUGUGCACAAUACCUUCGCUUGCCAAAUAGGGAACUUGGUCCAGAUCCUGUCCAAUGUUCUCCUGUUCAAAUAUCUAUUACCUCAAAGAUACCUAUGCCGACCUCCACAGUGACUACAACAACUAAAGCACCUAUUGCAACAACAACAAUGCUAGCAACAACGCCAACGACCACUUCGGAACUAACAACGACUAUCCAUUCGCAGCCAACGACAACCAAAGCACAAGUAACGACCACACUAGUACCAACAACGACCACACUAAAACCAACAACGACCACACUAAAACCAACAACGACCACACUAAAACCCACAACGACCACACUAAAACCAACGACUACUAAAACACCAACAACGACCACACUAAAACCAACAACGACCACACUAAAACCAACAACGACCACACUAAAACCAACGACUACUAAAACACCCACAACUACUACUCCAAAACCAACAACGACUACUAAAACACCAACAACGACCAUCCUAAAACCAACAACGACUACACCAACACCUACAACCACAUCAUCUUCAGAAACAACAAAGCAAACUUCAAUGGCCACGACAAAGAAUCCAAAUCUUUCGUGUGCUGUUUGUACCGGCUUGGAUUGUAAAAAUAACAACACGGAUCUGAACCACUGUGCUAGCCCUACUCAGUAUUGUCUUGUUCGGAUCCAAGACAGUCCAGGUUCACGAAAAGUUGUUCGCAGGUGUGUAGACAGGAUGUUUUGUGAACAAGAUUGGCAGGAUAAUGGCGGCUACAAGUCAUUUUGUUUCAUGGUUGACGAUGGUGCGUUCGGAUUUGAUUAUGAAUGUAACUUCUGCUGUGUAACAAACAAUUGUAAUAUAGGCCCGAAUUUGAUCCCAGAGCAGACAUCUCUCUACCAAGGUUCCUAG